CUCACUCCAGUGUAGCUGCGUGCGAGACAAGUUACCUCUUAUACACUAACAACUUGACACAAAGUUAGGUUGUUUUCCUAAAAUAAAUAUAGACCGUGAAAACCGUGAAAUGAAAGUGACGCGUGCGCAAACGUAAAUAGCAAUUGCUAAAACUAUAAUCGGUAAAAUCGAAACGUCAAUGAUCGGUAAAAAGUUGACAAAAUUUACAGUGACUUUCAAAGCUAUUUUCAAGAGACCGUGCAUACCUUUAUGAUAUUUUUUAGAUAAUUAAUAACUUAAUGUCUUGACAAUUUUCCUACACAUUUAAAAGAAUUAAUCGUAGUGCAGUUUAUUUUAUAUAUGAAGAAAAUUGUGAUUUGAGCCGCAAUUGUGAAGGCAUGCAGUUUAAACAGUGAUUUAUCGAGUUUUUAAAAUAAACCGCAGCCUUGGCAUUUAAAAUCAUCUGCGGCAACGAGUUGGAAACCUUGAUGACUUUGAUGGCCGGGUGGUAUCUAUUUACGGAACAAACGUCCUACUAGACUACAACAGAACCUGUUAACAGAUACAAGAUGCCGUUUCUAGACAUAGCCUUCGAAGCCGAGGUCAGUCGAUAUGAAGACCCCGAUUUUGAGGAGGUAGCGCAGCAGAACUGCAACGAAGACCCAAAGACCAGGCAUAAAGCUAUAGAAGAGCUUAGGAAUAUGAUCUACCAGCGAGGUGAAUGCAAUCCGCGAAGGACGGACGACGCUUAUCUCCUACGAUUUCUCAGAUGUAGGAGGUUCAUUCCGGCACUUGCACAUAAAUUGAUGAUCCGCUACGAAGACUUCCAGAAGAAGAACUCCCAUCUGUACGACUGCAACCCAUUUAGCCUGGACAGAGUGAAGGAGGUGUACACGGGGACCUUGCCUGACAGCCCUUCCAACGGGAGAAUAACCAUCAUGAGAUUUGGUCGAUGGAACACCAGUGCCGUUCCCAUAGACGACGUUGUCCGGGGCGCUCUACUGAUGGAUGAAAUUGCGGCCAUGCAGCCAAAACUGCAAGUGCUGGGUGUCACAAUCAUAGUGGACUUGGAGGGUUUAAGCGUACGCCACGUGAGGCAACUCACGCCCGCUAUCGCCCAUCAAAUCGUGAGCCUUAUGGGAGUGUCAUUUCCACUUCUAAACCACGGCCUACACAUAAUAAGAUACAGCUGGAUCCUAAAUACGUUCUUCUACAUCUUCAAGCAGUUCAUCCCAGCGGCCGCGUGGAACCGCCUACAUUUCCACGGCUAUGACAUGUCCUCUCUGCAUAAACACAUAGACCCCGAAUACUUACCCCCAGAAUACGGGGGUAAGAGUAGACAUACAAUAACUUUCGAGGAGUGGGUCAGAAAAGUCGAUAGAUAUAAGGAUGAUUUUAUGGUCGAAGAGUUAAGAGCUCUUGGAUAUAAUGUAACUAAGUGAUUUAACUUAGACUGUGGCUAAGUGAUACAAAUUGUUUUUUCUUUGUCCUCUAAUGCAGUGAUUUUUAUAAGAUUAGAUUAGUGAAGAUAAGAUUUAGUUUAGUUUUUCUGUGGUUUUGUUUGAUACUGGUGAACUGUAAAACCAUAGACAAUUACUGUAUGCUUAUCAUCGAUUGUGGUAGAAAGCUAUAAUGAUAUAUUUCUAGAAUCACAUACCCGAGAGUAUGGGAGUACAAUUUAAAAAGGGUUAGUUGGAUAAUUGGAAUGAGAAGUGUAUACUUAUGUGCAAAGAUAUGGUUAGGUGCAUGUGAUAACUUUCGAAGAGUGUGACAGCAUGGGCAGGAGCCAUUUUCUUUCUCUCGGGGAAAAGAACAAAAUGUCGGAAUUAAAAGGACUGAAACAGGCAUAGAUACAGCGAGUUUUAAAAUUUGUAAGGUUUUUUUAUAGGAUUUAGAUUAUUUCAUCUGUGGUUUUGUUUGAUACUAGUGAAAUGUAAAACCACAGACAAAUACUGUAUAAGUACUUACCAUCGAUUGUGGUAGAAUCUUUCUAGACUUACUUGCCUAGAGUAUGGGAGUCCAAUUUGAAAAGGGGGGUUUAAUUAUUACUUUAUAUUUACGAGUGCAUAAAGCAGCACAGCGAAUUAUCAGUAGGAUGUGAUAUCUUUCGAAGAGUGGGUCAGCACAAGCUAGAGACACUUUUCUCUCCGGAAAAAGAUCAAAAUGUUGUAUUCUACCCAUCGAUCACUAAUAAAAAUAUUCUACCACAGCUUUAUCAACUCUCUGAGCAUUGGCGCACAGUUGGAAAUAUUAUCAAAAUAUUAUACUUGUAAAAAUAGACGGGGGCAAACUUCUCUCAUUCCCUGUUGCCAUGCUUUCUCAGAUGCACACGUGUAAGGAGAUAUAAUCAGGGGAUAUAAUUUUUGCCUAUGCUUUGCUUAGCCGUGCUAAAAAGUAUAUAGAUAUACAGAUGACUUUAUGAUGGCGGAAUUAAAAGCGCUGUGACAGAAAUAUACCAAUCUUGAAAGUGAUUGAAAUUAUAUGUGUUUUGUAACGUCCUACGUUUUAGUGAUUUUAUAUUUUAUUAUAAUAUUGUAAUUAAGUUUAUAUUUUUUAACUUUUCAUAGGAUGAAGCGUUUACCGCUCUGUUAUUUGGUUUGCUGCUAGUAAGCAGGUUUAUUGAAUGUACCAUUCAAUAAAAAUCUAAGAUUAAUUGAGGAUAUGCUAUAACGAUAUCAGUCUCGGCUUACCUUUUAACUUUUAGGGGGUAAAAUCGGCAA